AUGUCUUCUUUAGCCAGGUUAACAUCUCUUUCGACACAAACAUUGUCGUUGCUACUCGAACGCCAGCGAUUACAGACACUAGCGAACCCCAAUGCCUCAUCUCUCCACAUACCCCAGAUCGCCCGUAAUAUGCAGCAGCUUAAUUCCGGGGUGCUUGAACUAGAAGAGAGGGAGGGCCGAACUGAUGCUGUGAAGCUGCUUAGGAGCCAGUACGAGCGGAUGCGGGGCAUGCUCGGGCAGGAAGGUGAAGCUGCGGGUGUGCAGAGCUUUGAGGACCUGGUAUCCUCACCGUCUACGUCCUCACUGUCCUCAAAGCCUUCGUCACCUGCCCCACCGCCGCCUAUAUCGGACAAGGAAAGCGAGCCUUCUUUUGCUCCAUACACCGACGACCCGGAAGCAGGCUACCCCUCGUCCGAGGAGAUGCUGCAGGCGCAACGACAGAUGAUGGACGAGCAAGACGUGCACCUAGACCGCCUCUCGCAGUCCAUUGGCCGACAGCGAGAUAUAUCACUCCAGAUCAACGAUGAGCUGGAUGUGCACACUGGUUUGCUGGAGGGACUUGAUCACGACUUGGACCGGACAGAUGGCAGGCUAAGUGGCGCUAGACGACACUUGGAUCGCGUAGCAAAGGGGGCGAAGGAUAAUGGUUCAACUGUGAUGAUCGCCAUCCUCAUUUUGGUGCUCCUCAUACUCAUCAUUGUCUUCAAGACAUGA